AAGGUGGCGGGAGCCAGCGUUCGCCUAGUCAGUCGACUGCGGACCUUCUCCUCCGUUACAACAUUUUCUUUUUUGAAACCCAACACAUUUUUAGUUUCUGAAAUUUUAUUUGUUUUAAAUAGUUAAGAAAUGACUAAACAUUCGGCUCAUUUUUUUCCUUUAGUCUGAGUGAAGUUUGUUCUGUGAGAACCAAUAAGUGUCCACGCCGCCCAAAAAACCCCAAACAAUCUGGUGUUACAAUUGCGAUUGCCAUUUGUCAAAUUUGAAAUUGGCGCCAUAAGCAAUCGAAUUUGAAAUCAAGAUAAAGUGGAUGACAUUCUUGAAUGGUGCGCCGUGUGUCGUCCAUGAAUUUCGCGGGAGAUUUGAAUGGAGUGAUUUGACUCGGCUAUUCACAGAUGUACACAUGACGGACGGAGCGAUGAUGAUGUUGGCCGUGGUGCUGAUGUUGUUGUUGAGAAGUUUGGCUCGUCAAGGACGCUCACGAGUCUGCCGACCGCCGUUAUUACUCACGACAUUUCGACAACUGGCCAAACUCGUCGACAACAUCUAACCCGAACACAACCCACAACAGCAGCAGCAGCUGAGUAGCAGCAGCACCAGCAACUUCAUUGAUAUUCAUAACGGCCAACAGGUCUGUGAUAGAUCCAUCCGCACUGGAAGCGAAACUCGGCCUGAUAGCUAAAUCGUCGAUUCCGGCAAUCCGCAUCGAUGGAUUCAUCCGCUGGCGCCUUCAACGUCCAUCUGAUGACCCUCGGCGAUGCCCUCAACAACCGGACGUCCUACUACAGCAGCAGUUGGGUGGCCGAUGGAUCCAGCACCGCAACCACCGCCUCGACAUCCGCCGGAUCCUCAUCACCCGCAAUGGCUGCUGGAUACGGUCUGCUGUCGACGAUCCUGAUCAGCGCCGCCCUUUUGUUCAUCAUCAUCGGCACCGUCGUCGGCAACAUCCUCGUCUGCGUCGCCGUCUGCCUAGUCCGUCGCUUGCGACGUCCGUGCAAUUACCUGCUGGUGUCGCUGGCCGUGUCCGACCUGUGCGUGGCCCUGCUGGUGAUGCCCAUGGCGUUGGUCUACGAGGUGCUGGGCACUUGGCCGUUCGGCGCCAGCGCCUGCGACACUUGGGUGGCCUUUGACGUCCUGUCGUGCACGGCGUCCAUCCUCAACUUGUGCAUGAUCAGCGUCGACCGCUACUGGGCCAUCACCCGCCCGCUGGACUAUGGCGUCAAACGGACGCCGGCCCGGAUGAUUUCCUGCGUCGCCCUCGUCUGGAUCUCGUCCGCCUGCAUUUCUCUUCCGCCUUUGCUCGUCCUGGGCAACGAACACGGACCAUCCGCCGCUCCUCAUCCACCAGCCACCACCAGCAGCAGCAACAUCCUGCCCAGCAACAACAACAACAGUCAAAUAAGUCCGAUGACCAUGUCCAGCAACGGACCUUUGGCCAAUUUCAUUGAAUUGGCCACGGCUGCUGCCGGACAAGAUUACCAGUGUCAAGUGUGUCAAGAGUUUGGCUACCAGAUCUACGCCACCCUGGGCUCGUUCUACAUCCCGCUGGCCGUCAUGGCGGCCGUCUAUUACCAAAUCUUCCAGGCGGCCAAACGGAUCGUCGACGAGGAGAAAAAGGCCCAAAGUCAUUUGCUAAUGACCAGAACCAACAGCUGCGCCAAACAAAAGGCGGCGACGGCCGUCGGUGGUGCUGGCCAAUCUCUGCAACCGGUCCAGUCAUCUCUCCUGGUCCACCCUCUCCACCAGCCCAGUCUCUGCACCAGCGCUGCCAUGGUCGUCGUCCGUCGUCACAGCGACCAACAACUCGACGAGCUGGGCAACAACAUCGAUGCCAUUAAUUCCUCAUUGCCGGCAACCAACAAUUCAGCCGGCCAGGCUCCGCUCUCCAACAAUGACCAGAGAAGCAGUAGCUGGACAAACAACUGCAACGGCAGCAUCCGUCCAACUACCCGGCCUGACAACCACCUCAAACAACCGCAACAACAAUCACAGACGGUGGACAUUUCCCGUCACUCCCUGACCGUUUCAACCGACAACGUCAAAGGUGAAACGGCCAUUCCCGUCGCCCUCAACCAUCAAAUUGACCCGCUGAGUUUCCAGCAGAAACAUCCGGUGCUGGUCCAGUCAGGAUCGAGCCCGUUGCCCAUCAGCAGCAGCCGCCGGAAUCAUCGCAGUCACCGUUUGACCCACCGACGGGCCAGUCGAGUCCGUUUACGAUUCGCCCUCAACAAGGAGCGCAAGGCGUCGACGACGUUGGGGAUCAUCAUGAGCGCCUUCACGUUGUGCUGGUUCCCGUUUUUCGUGCUGGCCCUGGUCCGUCCGUUCAUGAGCCACCAGACGGCCUCGCUGGUCAUCCCUCGCUGGUUGUCGUCGCUCUUCCUCUGGCUGGGCUACGCCAACAGUUUCCUCAACCCCGUCAUCUACGCCACCACCAACAAAGACUUCCGGCUGCCCUUCCGCGAGAUCCUUUGCCUCAGGUGCAAGUCCCUCAACUCGGUCAUGAGGGAGGAUUUCUACCAGUCGCAGUACGGCAACAACCAACAGCUGGGCAACAACAACAAGGCCGGAUUGAUAGCCGCUCAAUUGAUGGCCGCCGGAUCGGGUCCGGCCGCCUCGUCGUCACCGUCGCUGAAAGCGCACCGGAGUCGACGUCGUCGACGUCACUCGAGCGAUUCACUUUGCGGCGAACAGCAUCGCCAGAAUUACCACAGCAAAAGUCCGGCGUCCAAAGAAGUCGAUCCGGCGACGGCGGAUGAAGAAGACACGACGGAUUACGGACUCAUGUCCAACGUCCACCGGGUCAGCUCCUCAUCUGCCACAGCAUUUCUCUAAAUUCAAAAGAAAUUCGACCAAAAACAAAACCCCCCCAAAAACAAACAAAUUCUCGUCGCCAUUUUGGUUUUUAAAUGUCGUCAUUCCUCCUCAGUUUUUGAAAAAUUAAUUUCAAUUACCAAAAAAAAAGAAAAAAAUUAAAUAUUUUGAAGACACUUGGGCAAAUGUGACGUGACACUCUUAUAUAAUUAUCUAUAUACUUUAAUUUGUUCAAUGUUUUUUAAAAAUUCACCUGUGAUUUCAUCCGAUGUUAUAUAAUUAAUGUAUACACCACGCCAGCACCAGCCCAAAGAUAUUCUUCUAUUGUGUCAGAUAUUUCCAAUGUUGUCUUGCAUCAUUCGUUUUUUCACAUAUAUUGAUGUCAUAUUCGUUAUAUUACAUCACAUCACGGUCAAUCAAUUUAUUCAUCCCCCCCCACGCUUUUAUUAUAGAUCGUCGGUCUAUAUGAAAAUCUGGAACUCAUUAGAAUAUUUUUCAAGACUUUAACGAUGACAGUCAUACGAGUGACGACCCCAUUUCGAUGUUACGCAACAUAUCUCACAUGUGGCAGCUAUUCAAUUCAAUGUAAUGUUUUAACAUAGGCACAGGCACACACCAGUAGCCAGCCAUGGCCGUGGGAGACGCUUUUGUGUUUCUUUUUAUUCUAGUCGUUGUCAAAUUGCCCCCCAGUUCAAUUGAAAUUUAAUGUCAAACCAUAAAUAUAUAUAUAUUCUAAACAUUAUACCGAACGAACUCUAUAAAAACUCAAUUUGUGAAUGACAUCACCGUGAAUCUAUUUCGUCUCGUGAAUGACUUGCGGUAGAGACCAUUAUUUACCCCCUCCCCCAAACACAAAAUGGAUCCACAAAAUAUAUAUUUAUUGCGGAAUGA